CCCUCGGCGAAGCCGGACGCGAUCGCCGCCGUCACCGGGAGCCGCCGCCCCGCCCGCCGGGACCGCCGGUCUCCCGAGGUGGCCAGGAUGGCGCAGUGGAACCAGCUGCAGCAGCUCGACACGCGCUACCUGGAGCAGCUCCACCAGCUCUACAGCGACAGCUUCCCCAUGGAGCUCCGGCAGUUCCUGGCCCCCUGGAUUGAAAGCCAGGACUGGGCCUAUGCUGCCAGCAAGGAGUCGCACGCCACGCUGGUGUUCCACAACCUGCUGGGGGAGAUCGACCAGCAGUACAGCCGCUUCCUGCAGGAGUCCAACGUCCUCUACCAGCACAACCUGCGCCGCAUCAAGCAGUUCCUGCAGAGCAGAUACCUGGAGAAGCCAAUGGAAAUCGCCCGCAUCGUGGCUCGCUGCCUCUGGGAAGAGUCCCGGCUCCUCCAGACAGCUGCUACUGCAGCCCAGCAAGGGGGACAGGCAACACAUCCAACAGCAGCUGUGGUGACAGAGAAGCAGCAGAUGCUGGAGCAGCACCUGCAGGAUGUCAGGAAGAGGGUGCAGGAUCUGGAGCAGAAGAUGAAAGUGGUGGAAAAUCUCCAGGAUGACUUUGAUUUUAACUACAAGACUUUGAAAAGCCAAGGAGACAUGCAGGACCUGAACGGGAACAACCAGUCAGUGACCCGGCAGAAGAUGCAGCAGCUGGAGCAAAUGCUGACAGCACUGGACCAGAUGCGCAGGGGCAUAGUGAGCGAGCUGGCUGGGCUGCUGUCUGCCAUGGAGUAUGUGCAGAAGAUGCUGGCAGAUGAGGAACUGGCAGACUGGAAGAGGAGACAGCAGAUUGCCUGCAUUGGUGGCCCACCCAAUAUCUGCCUGGACAGGCUUGAGAACUGGAUAACCUCCCUUGCUGAAUCACAGCUACAGACCCGGCAGCAGAUCAAGAAGUUGGAAGAACUGCAGCAAAAAGUAUCCUAUAAGGGUGACCCAAUCGUCCAGCACCGGCCCAUGCUGGAGGAGCGCAUUGUGGAGCUGUUCAGGAAUCUGAUGAAAAGUGCUUUUGUGGUGGAGAGGCAGCCCUGCAUGCCCAUGCACCCUGACAGGCCCCUGGUCAUCAAGACAGGUGUGCAGUUCACCACCAAAGUCAGGUUGUUGGUCAAGUUUCCAGAGCUGAACUAUCAGCUGAAAAUCAAAGUCUGCAUUGACAAGGACUCUGGGGACGUUGCAGCACUUCGGGGGUCCCGCAAGUUCAACAUCCUGGGGACCAACACCAAGGUCAUGAACAUGGAGGAGUCAAACAAUGGCAGCCUCUCAGCAGAGUUCAAACACCUGACCCUGAGGGAGCAGCGCUGUGGCAAUGGAGGCCGAGCCAACUGUGAUGCCUCGCUGAUAGUCACUGAGGAGCUGCACCUCAUCACUUUUGAGACAGAGGUGUAUCACCAGGGGCUGAAGAUCGACCUGGAGACCCACUCGCUGCCUGUGGUGGUCAUCUCCAACAUCUGCCAGAUGCCCAAUGCCUGGGCAUCCAUCCUGUGGUACAACAUGCUGACCAACAACCCCAAGAACGUGAACUUCUUCACCAAGCCCCCCAUUGGCACCUGGGACCAGGUGGCAGAGGUGCUGAGCUGGCAGUUCUCCUCCACCACCAAGCGCGGGCUCAGCAUCGAGCAGCUGACCACACUGGCAGAGAAACUGCUGGGACCAGGUGUGAAUUACUCUGGCUGUCAGAUCACCUGGGCCAAGUUCUGCAAGGAGAACAUGGCUGGCAAAGGCUUCUCUUUCUGGGUCUGGCUGGACAACAUCAUUGACUUGGUGAAGAAGUACAUCCUGGCACUGUGGAACGAAGGGUACAUCAUGGGCUUCAUCAGCAAGGAGCGGGAGCGAGCCAUCCUGAGCACCAAGCCCCCAGGGACCUUCCUGCUGCGCUUCAGUGAGAGCAGCAAGGAGGGGGGCAUCACCUUCACCUGGGUGGAGAAGGACAUCAGUGGGAAGACACAGAUCCAGUCAGUGGAGCCUUACACCAAGCAGCAGCUGAACAACAUGUCCUUUGCUGAGAUCAUCAUGGGCUACAAAAUCAUGGAUGCCACCAACAUCCUGGUGUCCCCUCUGGUGUACCUGUACCCAGACAUCCCCAAGGAGGAGGCAUUUGGGAAGUACUGCCGCUCUGAGAGCCAGGAACACUCAGAAGCCACGGACUCAGGUAGUGCUGCUCCAUACCUGAAGACCAAGUUCAUCUGUGUCACCCCCACCUCCUUCAGCAACACCAUCGACCUGCCCAUGUCCCCGCGCACGCUGGACUCGCUCAUGCAGUUCGGCACCAGCAGCGAGGGCGCGGAGAGCAACGCGGGCGGGCAGUUUGGUGAGUCUGGGGGGGCUCCAGGGGGCCCUGGCUGCCACCCCACACCCAGGGCCCCGUAACCCUGCCUGUGUCUGCCCGCAGAGUCGCUGACCUUCGACAUGGAGCUGACCCCAGAGUGUGCAUCCUCGCCCAUGUGAGGGGCUGCAGCUCAGCCUUCCCACCUCCAGAGCCUCCCCCUGGAUUUGUCCCACUCGGCUGCAGCUGCUCCAGGCCUGCCCUUGGGAACUGCUGGGGGCCAGGGUCCUUGCGUGGGUCAGGUCCUCACCUCACCCAACAGCGCAGCCCCUCUCUGGGGUGGUGCAGCUCAUCUCUGGGGGAGGGGGAUGAACCUUUUUCUAUUUCCUUCCAUAACGGUUUUCUAUUAUUUUUGCUCAUUCAAGUGCCUAUUUGCCUCCGAUUGCAGCCACAGUUCCUACAAACGCUUCCACAGCCCUGGUCCCGCUGCUGGAAGCUGCUGCCCUGACUGUGCCCACACCCAAACCCACAAAUCUGGAAUUGCAGAGGGGAUUUGCCAUGUGGCAGGGGCUGCCAUGCUGCUCCCAGCACCUCCUAGAGCUCGCAGGGUGCUGGGGUGAGUCCCCUCUCUGCACCCACCUGGCCCUGGUUUUGGCCAGGAUGACCAGGACAGGGCUCAGAGCUGCAGGUGGAUGUAUCCAGGUGCUCCCACCCUGGACGCAGCAGGCACUGCCCCUGCUGGACUCAGCCUGGGAGCCCAGAGGUUCAGGAGCUGCUUGUGCUUGUCCUCAGCUUCCUGCUUUGGGCACAGUGACCUGGCCAGUGCCAGCAGCCUGGGCUCCUUUUGGGAUGGCUGGUGUCCCUGGCGUAGGGCAGUGCUGCUACCCAGUAGUGGCACCUGUGUGUGAACAGCAUCUGCAGCUGUGGCCCAUUCUGGGAGCUGGGUGAAGCCACAGGGGCUGCCUUGGCUUCCCUGUGGCCAGGCUGGUGCUGGGAGCACAGUCUUGCUUCCAGCACUGUGCUGAGUUAGAGCAGUUGGACCCUGGGGAAUUGGAGGAACCAGCAUGGCUGACAGUGGGGCUCCUGGCUUGUCCCUUUCUUUGUGAGUUGUUAGGGGCCAGGCAUGGGGUCUGCAGCUUCCUGAGGGCUUCAUGUGGCAUUUCAGUUGGAGGUUGGCCCCUCACAUUUAAGGGUGGGAAGGGUCAAGAGUUGAAGGGAGCAGUGGAUGGGAGGAGAGGAACCUGCUGUGGGGCAGUGCAGGACAGUGACAGGGGUGUUGUGAAGGGCAAUGUCCUGCAUUUAACGAAACUGGGGGAGCCCUCCUGCCCUUUCCAUGCAGUGGGCAGACACGGAUGAGCAGUGGAGGGGUGGGGGAGGCAGUGGGAGAGCUGCUCCCUCCGAGUUGCAUCACAGCUGGUGGGCAGGGAACCAGAGGGCAGGGGGGAGCAUCCCCGUGGCUGUGGGGUCUGGGCAAGCCCCUCCAAGCUGUGUGGGAGCAGGAGGGGGGUCCGUGGCUGGCCCUGAGGCUGCUCAGGGGCGAUGAGGGCCCUUUGCCCCUCUGCUCGCUCACUGCCUCCGGCCGCAGUCCCUGGCAGCAUUCAAUACUGUAAAAAAAUUUUAUUUUUUUGUAUAUUUUAUUGCUGUAUCUACAGGCUUUAACUUUCUCCGAAAUAAAGGCCCUGAAGCGA